AUGAGUAAGCGCUUGACUUGUAGUGAAGUUUUAGACAUUAUUAUGCAGCCUGACCCCUCCAGCGAGCUGCAGGAUGAGAUAUUGUCUUCUGCCUCUGACACCACAGACUCAGGAGAGUCAGAUCCUGAUUUGGAUGUGGCGCCCUCAUCAUCCUCUCUAGAUUCCACUGAAGGUGAGGAGGAUUCUGUGGAUCCUGGAUCUGGGUGGAUUGGGAAAAACGGCGAGGUGUGGUAUUCCACCAACAUGGAGACAACACCCUUUCUACAGCCUGCCAGAGGCGUGACUCCAGGGCCGACGCGCUAUGCCAUCGCAAGGGUCCAGAGUGUGGAUUCUGUGUUCAAUCUGUUUUUUACGGAGGAAAUGAUUGACCUCAUUGUCAGCAUGACCAACCUCCAUGGACGCCGCACUAUGAGAAACUGGACCGUUGUGGACUCCACAGAUCUCCAUGCCUAUAUGGGGCUACUGAUUUUGGCCGGCGUGUACAAGUCCAGAGGGAAGUCCACACGUUGCCUGUGGGAUGAUCGCAGUGGUCGUGCGAUUUUUAGAGCCACCAUGUCCCUCUCAAGAUUCCAUGAAAUAAGCAGAGCUCUCCGUUUUGACGACAAGCUGCAGAGACCAGCUCGCCGUAGAGACGACAAGCUUGCCCCGAUCAGAUCCCUGUGGGAAAUGUGGACGCAUCGCCUUCCCCUCCUAUUCAACCCUGGCAAAGAUGUCACAGUGGAUGAGCAGCUUGUGCCAUUCAAAGGGAGAUGCAGCUUUCGGCAGUACAUGCCAAAAAAAACAGCCAAAUAUGGACUCAAAAUUUGGGUGACUGCUGAUGUUGCCACAUCCUAUGCCUGGAGGUGUGACAUUUACCUGGGUAAGAUAGGUAAUGCUGCAGAGGUGGGUCAGGGAAAGCGUGUUGCCAUGGAGAUGACAGAGGGACUCCAGGGCGUCACUGUCACUUGUGACAACUUUUUUACCACCUACUCACUUGCUCAGGAGCUUCUGCGGAAAAAAAUAGCCUUGGUCGGGACGAUCAGGAAGAAUAAACCUGAGCUGCCACCCAACCUGGUGCAGGCUAAAGGACGGCCUGCCCUCUCCAGCGUUUUCGCCUUCACAAAGAACACCACGGCUGUGAGCUAUGUUCCGAAACGGGGGAGGAAUGUGCUCCUCAUCAGCACAAGGCACCGCGAAGCAGUGGUGAUGGAGGGACCAAAGAAGAAACCUGAGAUUAUUGCAGAUUACAACCGCUGCAAGGGAGGUGUCGACAAUCUAGACAAGGUAUGUGCCAUUACACAUUUGUUACUACAUGCAUCCUAUUCCUAUUAACUUUUACUUGAAUACAUUUGCUUGUUAGAGAUAAUUUUAGGAGAUACUGUUUGUGU